AUGGCAGCUCAUAGCCAGCUGUCCCUUCGAUUCUGUGCUUCACUAGUCUUCUGGAUUACAAUUGCUCUCAUCCAGGUUCCCCUCGCUUUGUGUGGCCCUGUCCACAUUCGCGAUGCUUCGCCACGAGCAGCCUUUGUCUCGCUGGUCUCGGAACAGCAAAGAGAACAGAUGGUAGCCUCUGUCGCACAGCUCGAGCAGCGAUUCAACCACAAGUACCACUACGACUGGGUAUUCUUCAGCCACGAGGAGCUUAGUGAAGAGUUCAAAGACGCUACCUCCAACGCCACUGCCUCCACUGUCACCUACAACCUGAUCCCCCAGCAACACUGGACAAUCCCGAACUCUGUCGAUCCCGGUCGCUUCGAGGCUGUGAAUGCCGACAAAGCCCUCAUCAGAACGGUCUAUCACAAGCGUCGUUGGUCUGCUGGACUCUUUGCCAGAGAGAAGCGUCUCCAGGCCUACGAGUGGUUCUGGAUGGUCGAGCCUGGCACCAAGUUCCUCUGUGACAUCACAGUCGAUGUCUUCCGUCUCAUGCGAGACCGUGGAAUUGCCUAUGGAGUCAAUGAAGUAUCCUUCGAGGGCGCCGCUGACUCCAAGCUCCUCUGGAAGAGCACAAAGUCCUUUAUGGAUACGCAUCCCGACAUGGUCCGACCCACGGCCGACAUCACCUGGAUCCUAGGAAACAGUACAAAAGCCAACAAGCCUACUCGUUCAUCAGAGUACUACGUGGGUGGGACUGACGAUAUGGAGAGGCUCGAUCUUGCCUUGGAAGAUGAAGGCUGCAAUGCCAGCGGACAAGGAACUGAGGGUGACAUGCCUCCCGGUAUUUCCCUUGAAGCUGAUCCUCAGCAGUGCGAGCCAAACACGGUUGCCGACGCCUUCACUACUCGACUUGCUGCCAGCUACGACCAGUGUAACAUGGAUACCCCUAUCGAGAUUGGCAACCUCAACCACUUCCGUGGACCUGAGCACAGCUCCUACUUUGACUAUCUCGACAAUGCCGGCGAAUUCUACUACGGAAAUACCGGCAACAUUCCUGUCCACUCCCUGAGUGCCAGCAUGUUCCUCCCACGCGACCAGUUCUGGCUUCUCGGUGACAUGGUUUGCGAGAUGCAUGGCCUCCACAGUUGCCCUCCAAUGCCUCACCAGACCUCCAACUCCAACCUACAGACCGAGAGCAACCCCAACUUCCUGGCUGAUGUAGUUGGAGCUUCUUGGUUCGGCGCCUGUGAGGACAACCAAGUCUUGCUCAUCCAUCGGGCCUGGGAGACAAUGGCGUUCGAGAUGGCCCGCCAGAGAGGUAUUCCAGCAGCUCAACUCGGCCACACCGCUCUUGAUGAGCGCAACUUCAAGCUCUACAAGCCCGAGAGAUACCCUGUCGAUGUCACACUGACUUGGUACUCGUUGGAGGAUAGCUGGUGCUCCUGGUCUUGUGAUCGCCUCAAGUGGUUCCUUGGGGUCUUGGGAUGGUAA